CUCACAUUAGCUCUUGAGGAUGGUUGUUGUCUCCAUGGGGACUGUUAGGAUGUCCCAGAUGUGGAUGCUGAGAUGGGUCAUCCUACUGAUGAUGGGGCUACAGUCUAUACAAGCAGGUUAUGGAAUGGACCACAAAGUGACAGACUCAAAUAUGUUUCAUAAUACGGAAGCUGUAGCAGGUUAUGGAAUGGACCACAGAGUGACAGUGUUCCCUGACAUGAGAAAUAUGAUCAUAACUACAGUUGUACCGAAUCCUGAUCAUCAGGCCACAAUCUGCAGCACAUGGGGAAAUUUCCAUUUCAAGUCCUUCGAUGGUCAUUUCUUUGAAGUGCCAGAUGCAUGCAACUACAUUCUGGCUGAGAAGCUCAACAAGGAUUUUAACAUUGAAAUGCAAAGAAAGAUAAUAAAUAGCUCAGCCACAUUCAGCAAAAUCAAAAUCAAUCUCCAGAGCUCAGUCAUUGAACUCACCAACGACAAUGUCAAAAUGGACAACAAAGUGUUGUAUAAUGCAACCUAUAAAGAUGGAAUUGCAGUCAAGUUGAGUGCAUCAAGUGUUACAAUUUCUGACAGUCGCGGAGUGAAUGUCUUUUGGGAGAAGGGCCAAUCAUUAAUGAUUGAACUUAAAGAAACGUUCCGAGGCCAGACCCGUGGACUUUGUGGAAACUUCAACGGCAACAAGACUGAUGAUUCUUUUGAUUUGUCCGAUUGGAAAGUGUUACCAACUGAAGCCUGUGAGGGUGGCAAUAUUCUCCCUAAUAAUCAGUGCAUAAACCAGUCACAGACAAACAUUUGCCAGCAGUAUCUCAGCAGUCCGGGGUUUAGUGACUGUUACAGGGUGCUAGACAUGAGUUCAUUUAAAAAAAGUUGUGAAGACGACCUGUGUCGGUGUUUCAGCAAGCACGACUGUCUCUGCAACACGCUCACAGAGAUUUCACGACAGUGCACACAUGCUGGAGGAAAACCAGGAACAUGGAGGACAGAAGAGCUCUGUCCAAAGACAUGUCCCAUGAACAUGCAAUACAUGGAGUGUGGUGGUCCAUGCAUAAGCACCUGCUCAGUUCCAGAUGCAGCCGAACAGUGUAAAGAGCACUGUGUGGAUGGCUGUUUCUGCCCUGAAGGUACGGUUAAGAAUGACAUUGGUCCCAGUGGUUGUAUUCCUGUGAAUGAAUGCCCGUGUAUGCACAAUGACAAAAUAUACUCAUCAGGAACUUCAUACACAGAAGCUUGUACAACAUGUAAUUGCACCGCUGGACGCUGGACUUGUACAAACAUGGAAUGCCCUGGAAUCUGCUCUAUUGUUGGAGGGUCUCAUGUCACUACUUACGAUGGAAAGACCUUCACCUUCAGCGGAAACUGUGACUACAUGCUCACUAAGCACUCUAAUGACAGUGAUAUUGCUGUUGUGGGAAAUCUGGCACAGUGUGGUUGGGCCCGAUCUGACACAUGUCUAAAUUCAGUUACCAUUGUCAUCUCAGGGACCACUAUUCGUUUUUCCUCCAGUGGUGAUGUGACACUGAAUGGAAGCAGUCCAUAUAAGCUUCCUAGCAUCACAGCCACCCAUUUUGUUGUCCCAAGUCCUGUGAGCAUCUUUAAGCCCUCUUCCUCCUUCAUCAUUGCUGAUAUGAAGAGUCUUCGUUUAGAGAUCCAGCUGGCUCCAGUUAUGCAGUUGUAUAUUAUAGCCAGCACUGAAGAAAAAGGGAAAAUGAGUGGCCUGUGUGGAAAUUAUAAUGAUGUCCAAUCAGAUGACUUCAAAAUAGAGUCGGGCAUCACAGAGGACACAGCAAUACCCUUUGUCAACUUUUGGAAAAAGCGUACUGAAUGUCAAAAACUUGACAACACAUUUGUUGACCCCUGCAGUCUGCAUUUGGCAAUAGAGAAACUUGCUAAAGACUGGUGUUCCCGUCUUACAAACAAGAGCGGAGUCUUUUCCGCUUGUCAUUCAGAAAUAUCUCCUAAAAUGUACUACCAGUGGUGUGUCUAUGACACCUGCAAAUGUGCAGAUAUUAAGGGGUGCAUGUGUGCGGCUAUUUCCAACUAUGCCCACGCCUGUGCUGCCAGAGGAAUCAUUCUCCAGGGCUGGAUGGAUCCAGAGAACUGUGUGACUAAGUGUUUAGGCAACAUGAAGUACUCCUAUGGUGUGACCAGCUGUGGCAGAACAUGCCGCUCUCUUAGUGGACUACAAACAAGCACCUGCCAAGGGUCCUUCACACCUGUACAUGGUUGUGUAUGCCCUAAGGACACCUACCUCAAUGAUGACGGCACAUGUGUGACUGCUGACCAGUGUCCUUGUUACCAUGGCAACCAGAUCAUAAAGCCAUCAGAAACAAUCGACAAUAAUGGUGUUAAAUGCACCUGUAAACUUGGCAAAUUACACUGCGCCAGCCAGAAAGACUGUGCAGCUCCAAUGGUCUUUUUCAACUGCUCAAAUCAUGAACAAGGACACAAAGGGACGGAGUGUCAGAGGACAUGUGAGAAACAAGACCCCAACAAUUGUGUGAGUACAGGGUGUGUAUCAGGGUGUAUGUGUCCAGAUGACCUUCUGGUUAAUGGGAAAGGUCAGUGUGUGGAGAGGGAAAAAUGCACCUGUGACCACAAUGGAAAAAUCCAUUCACCUGGAGAGCAAGUUCACAAGGACUGUAACAUCUGGUGA